AUGUCGGUGGGACGGUUAGGCGAAUUUAACCUUAGUUCGGGGACGUGGACAACGUACAUUGAAAGGAUGGAGCAAUAUUUUCUGGCAAACGAUGUAAAAGUUAAUUUACAAGUGCCUACUUUGCUCGCCUGUGUCGGUGACGCAACAUACGAGCUAAUGGUGGAUUUGUGUUCGCCGAGGAAGCCCGGCGAGAUGAAAUUCAGUGAACUCGUCCAACUGGUUAAAAAGCAUAUCCAGCCUACGCCAUCUGUUCUCGCUGAGAGGUAUAAAUUUCGGAAACGAACACAGACUGUGAACGAAACGGUUGCCCAGUUUGCAGCAGCUUUGAAACAUUUGGCCAGAGAUUGUGAAUUUAAAGAUAACCUUGAAGAGAAUUUACGAGACCAGUUCGUAUGUGGCUUGUCAAGUGAAUCUACGCGGCAAAGAUUGUUCUGCGAGGACAGCGUGACCUUCACGGUAGCCUUCAAAAAGGCUGUGGCGCUGGAGGCGGCGGCUAAUGACGCGGCGGUAGUCGAGCAACAGGCAGCAGAGGGCGCGGUGCACGCGGUACAAGCGCGUGGCGCGCGGGCAGCUGUGGCCGUCAGGGGCGCAGCUCCACGAUGGCGCGGCGAGGCUUCGAGCAGCAGGGUCCGGUAUUCCGGCGGUUAUACUAAUAAUAGGGAUCGUCCAAUAAAACUAUUGUGUGCGUGUUGUGGGAGCAGAGAACACACCAGACUAACAUGUAAAUAUGCAGAUUGGACCUGUAGAAUCUGUUUGAAACCCGGACACCUGAAGCGGGUCUGUCCAAAUGUAAGCAAGAAACCAGAGGGUCAGGUUCUUCGAUUGGAUACGGCGCGAUCGGGAGUGCUGAAUGGAUGUGAUGACAUCAGCAGUGAACAUGCGAGCUCGGCCGGGGAGUAUGAUGACGAGGGGACCGGCGGGCCAAGUGGAUUAUACAUGGUGCAGCUUACGGGGAGUGAGCCCGUCAUGGCCGAGGUUACCGUGGCGAAGAGACGGCUGACUAUGCAUGUGGAUACCGGUUCGCCUAUAUCGUGUAUAGGCAACAAAAUGUAUACGGAACUGUUUUCGGAUUACCGGUUACAAGAUAACAGUUAUAAGUUAAAGAGUUACGACGGAAGCGUUAUUAAGUGUAUCGGCUAUAUUAAAGUGCCAGUGAGUUACGGUCCUAUCAGUGAAAAUCUAAAUUUAUAUAUUAUACAAAACGGAGGGGUACCCCUGCUAGGUCGUGAAUGGCUUACGAAGUUGUCUUUGAGUGUAAUAGUGCCUAAAUCGGUCCUAGCCAUCAAUAAUGAUAAACGUGAUAAUGUCGGGGGCGUAUUCGAUAAGACUAGGUUCAUGAGUAAGUACCCAGCAGUGUUCAGCGGCAAGCUGGGCUGCCUGCGCAGCCAACGCGCCACGUUGCGCGUGCGCGCCGGCGCGGCGCCCGUGUUUCGCCGCGCACGCCCUCUGCCGCUGGCGCUGCGCGCGGACGUCGACGCCGAGCUACAGCGCAUGCAGGCCGCAGGUAUCAUACAGCCCGUACCCUCCUCAGACUGGGCCUCGUGUUUGGUAGUUGUGCUCAAAAAUAAUGGCGCAUUAAGGAUUUGUGGCGAUUACAAAAGUACGAUCAAUCCUAUGCUAGAAAUUGAUAAAUAUCCGCUUCCUAGGUCCGAGGUAUUAUUCAAUAACUUAAACGGUGGCAAAAGAUUUACUAAGAUCGAUUUAUCUGAGGCGUAUAGCCAAGUAACCUUAGAUGAAUCAAAGAAAUAUACAGUUGUUAACACCCACCGGGGACUAUAUGUUUACAAUAGACUAGUAUACGGGUUAGCCUCGGCUCCGUCCAUUUUCCAGCGCAUUAUGGAGCAAUUGGUGGUAGGUAUUCCUAACGUAUCUAUAUUUUUAGAUGACAUUCUCAUUACCGGUAAAACGGAGCACGAACAUGUUAGAAAUUUACAUUCCGUUUUUGAAAGAUUGGCAAAGGAGGGGCUCACCGUGCGGCAAGAAAAAUGUAAUUUUUUUGAAAAGGAAGUAAGCUACUUGGGUUUUAUCAUAUCGGAACACGGGGUUAGGACCGACGAUAGAAAGACCGAAGCCGUAGUCAAAGCACCGAAACCGGAAAACAUAAAUGAGUUGAAAUCGUUUCUCGGAAUGGUUAACUUUUAUGCAAAAUUCAUUAAAAAUAUAUCGAUUUUAUUAGCUCCCCUCUAUGCAUUGCUAAGAAAAGGUGUUGAAUGGCAAUGGACGGAAGCACAGGACAGGGCGUUCCAGGAGGUUAAGGCCGCAUUAACUAGUUGCCCGGUUUUGGUGCAUUAUGACGAGCGGCUCCCGCUUAUCGUGUCGUGCGACGCGAGCGCGCGGGGGGUGGGUGCCGUGUUGUCGCAGCGCGGGGAGGGUGGCGAGCGGCCGGUGUCGUACGCGUCGCGUACGCUGAACUCCGCGGAGUGUAAUUAUAGUCAAAUCCAACGCGAAGCGCUGGCGAUUAUAUUCGCGGUAAAAAAAUUCCAUACCUACCUGUAUGGACGGAGGUUUGUUUUGCGCACCGACCAUCAGCCUUUGAUAGCUAUUUUCGGGUCUAAAAAGGAUAUCCCUCAUAUGGCUUCCGGGCGGUUAAUCCGAUGGGCUAUUUUACUGUCCGGUUAUCAGUACGAUAUCGAAUACGUACAAUCGAAGGCAAACAGCGCCGACGCGUUAUCUAGAUUACCUAUCGAUACAGGAGAAGAGAAUAACGAUGCAAAUACGUUUAUUAAAUUCAUAGAAAACAAAUUUCCGAUUGACUCGAACCAAAUUAAAAUUGAAUCGGGAAAGGAUAAAUGCAUAUCUCGGAUUUUAGAGUUUGUUAAGACCGGCUGGCCCAAGUCAGGCUUUAAGGAACCGGACCAAGAAAUGACCGCAUACUGGCGGCGUCGCGAGGAGCUGUAUGUGGAGAACGGGUGUCUGAUGUGGGGGUGUAGAGUGGUUGUGCCGCGUGCACUUCGGCCAGCGGUUUUGGCUGAGCUGCAUGGCUCCCAUCUCGGCAUGGUCAAAUGUAAGGGACUGGCUCUGAAGGGACUUGUGUUUUGGCCGGGGUUAGAUAAUGACCUGGAGCGAAUGUGCUCAGCAUGUCGCACGUGUGGAGAGGUUGCGGAUUUGCCACCAAAAGCGCCGGUUGUUCCGUGGUCGUGGCCGUCUAAUCCAUUUGAUAGGGUUCACAUUGAUUUUUUUUCAUUUAGAAAUAUUACGUAUCUGAUUUUGGUUGACGCUUACUCUAAAUGGAUAGAAGUUAGCCCUAUGUCCACGACGACCGCUUCGAACACGAUUUUGAAGUUAAAGGAGAUAUUUUCGCGAUUCGGAAUUUGUCGCGUCCUUGUUAGUGAUAAUGGCCCCCCGUUUUCCAGCGAGGAAUUUAAGCUAUUUUUGAAAAACAAUGGGAUCAAACAUGUCACCUCCGCCCCGUAUCACCCCGCUUCGAACGGAGAAGUUGAAAACGCAGUUCGAACGGUUAAAAGAUCCUUAAAGAAGGCGGACGUCGAGAAAAUUUGUAGGAAGAGUCAGAAUAUGUACGAGGUCGAGACUGUGGAGGGUUUGCGUUGGAAUCGGCACACUGAUCAAUUGCGUUCUAACUCGGCGGUUGACGAUCGAGACUCGAGUACACGGGAUGGACAGCCGACAGUAUCUGCUCAGGCAGCUCUAGCUGACUAUGCCAUCGCGGGUAAUGAUACCUGUAUCGCCAAAAUCAUUUUUCCUGAUGCUUGGAAGCUUGCGAAGGCAGUAUCAUUGCCGAAUCAUGAUUGCAUGAGCUCUGCAGAUAUUCAGACUUGCGACCAAAAAGCAUGCUUCCUGACUAAAUACGGAUUGACUAAGAAUACCGCUAUUAUGCGUCACAUCAUCGAUGAGCUCGACGUAGGCUCUUCUGCGAAACUCAUCUUAAGCCCGCACCCUUGUUUCCCAGGGUACUUUAUCUACGACGAUAACCUAAACCCCGAACCUAAGCAAUCCUCCCGAUCGAGAUAUUCGAAGCGCCUCCGGAUUCCGUCAUCAAGUAGAGGUAGUGAUGCUGAAAUUGUACGCGCCAUCCAAGACUUAGAAACAAGUUCAUCGUCUAAGUGGCCAACGCCCAAAGGUAAUUAG